AUGGGCCCUCAAAAGACUGUGUAUGAGCUGCUGCAGGCGCAGGCGGCCGACCCGCAAGUAUCGCGCCUUCUGCGGCAGCUUGACGCGCUCAGCGCGCGCUGCAGCCUCCUCGGGGCGGGCGUAGCAGCGGGCGCUGCGCAGGGUGACCCCUCCGGACGCGCCCCCGCGCCGCCACGCCAUCAGCAGCAGCAGCAGCAGCAGCAGCAGCAGCAGCAGCAGCAGCAGCAGCAGCAGCCCGGCGGCGGCUGGGUGGGUGGCGUGGAGCUGCCGUGCGCCUGUGAAGACGAGCGUGUGCUGCUGCCGCCGUUCGGCUGGGCGCCCUGCAGCGAGCACGAGGCGUUGCAGGCGGCGGUGGAAGCUGCGUCGCAGGCGCUGCACGCAGAGGCGGCCAGGCUGGCGUGGCGCAGCUGGGGCAUGCAGGCGGCAAACGCGGCCCGCGUGCUAGACCUGGCGUGGUGGGCGGCCGCCGCCGCCUUCCUGCCAGAGGACCCCGCCUCCGCGCCGCUGCAGGCGCGCGUCGUCGCGGCGAUGUCGCGGCACUACGUGUCCGCGCUCAUGGGGCGCCGCGGCGCCGCGGGGGAUGCCUACUUGCGGUUGUGGGUCGCGGCGACCGCGCGCUCCGCGGCGGCGCUGCUGGCCGCGGCGUUCCCGCGCAGCGCGGCGGCGGGAGAGCUGGGGGAAGGGCUGGAGGCGCGGCUGCGGCGGCAGCUGCGGCUGUGGUGCACGGGUGCGCGCGCGGCUGCUGCCCGGGUGCCACGCUCGGAGGCGCGCGUUGAUUAG